AUGUUUCGGCCGAAGCUCGCCCUCUUUUCAAGCCCCGAUGAACAAUCCGGCAAAUCGCUAGGCCUCGUAAUUGUCUACCCUGGUGGUGGUGUCAAAGGGCAGACUGCAGGAACAUAUGCAAAGAGGCUCUCAGAUGCAGGCUUCACGACCCUUGUGUAUGAUGCGGCCUUCCAGGGCGCCAGCGGAGGAGAACUUCAUUUCCUUGAAGAUCCAAACGGCAACCCGGAUUCUGUAGACUCAAGAAAGAUUGACGUGGUAGGGAUCCGCGCUGGAGGUGGCUACGCAAUUGCUGCAGCCAAGGGGGACCAUGGAUUAAAGGCUGUGGCAACUGUCAGCAUGGUGGAAGCUCUGCAUGCAGCAGCGGCUCAUAUCACAGCUGAGGUGAAAGGUGCAGAACGUGCCAGUGCGCCGUGUGUGCCUCCGCAGCCUGAUGACAAGACUCCUCGAGACAUGAAGGAGGCCAGCGACUACUAUCUUACACUGCGAGCACAGCAUCCUCGUGCUGCAGAGAAGAUGCUAUAUCUCAUCUUCCCACGCCUUCUCACUUUUGACGCAUUCCACCUUGUAGAUAUUUUCCUGACGCAGCCUGUUUUGCUAAUCGCUGGUGCAGAAGCUGGAUCACCGUGGCAUACCGAGAAAUUAGACAAGCUCUUUGGGGGCGCUACUAGGAAGUUGAUUGUUCCCAAAGCAGCUCACAUGGACUUUUUAUGA